AUGGACUCCUCAAGAUCAGCGCUCGAGAACUCAGACCUCGACAAGCUUAACGACAAGGACAAGCUUGAGCUCCGCCAAUUCCUUGCCAACGAGCAGCAGAGAUCUCAAAUUCAGUCACAAACCCAUGCUCUCACCGAGAUCUGCUGGAAGAAGUGCGUCAGUGGCUCGAUCCGCGGCUCGAAGCUGGACAAGGGCGAGGAGGGAUGCCUGGCCAACUGCGUUGACAGAUUCCUUGACGUCAACUUCCUCACGAUGAAGCACCUCAACAACAUGCGCUCUGGUUAA